CGCAGGCGCGUAAUGGGCGCUCGUUUUCCCGGCGGACCUACGCUGUUGAGCUCUACCUCAUUUGCUAGGAAACGGGCGCCAGAAGUUUCUCAGACAAGGUCCCGCUUUUUUAGAGCGGUAAUGUGGUGCGCCGGUUAGGAAGGGGGUGGUGGGAGGCUCGGAGCCGCAGUGAACCAUGCUGGUGAACUGUGGGACAGUCUGUGAAGAGGCCCAUCUUCAAAGUACCGAGGUUGGAGUCUGCGCUGGGCAGGGUGUCUGCUGCAGGCCGAAAACUACACUUCCCAGCAUCCUUGCGGUGCCAGAACUACGUUGCCCAAAAGCCCGAGCGUGAUCAGCCGGCCUCUCACCUCCACCUACCAGCCCUGAAACAGGAAAUGUGGAGUCUCCGUGUUGGGCGCCUCCUGCUCUCUGAGGGUCGUGCCGACCGCCAGGUUUCAGUCCUCGGCGGGCAUUUCUCGCAGGCCCUGCGGAGAGACUUUUUCACCCCCACAACCAAAGAAGGAGAUGAUAUGAGGCGAGUGGACCUAACUCCUUUAGAACAAAGGAAAUUAACGUUUGAUACCCAUGCACUGGUUCAGGAUUUGGAAACUCAUGGAUUUGACAAAGCACAAGCAGAAACAAUUGUAUCAGCAUUAACCACUUUAUCAAAUGUCAGCCUGGACAGUAUCUAUAAGGAGAUGGUCACUCGAGCACAACAGGAAAUAACAGUACAACAACUAAUGGCUCAUUUGGACUCCAUCAGGAAAGACAUGGUCAUCCUAGAAAAAAGUGAAUUCGCAAAUUUGAGAGCAGAGAACCAGAAAAUGAAAACUGAAUUGGAGCAAGUUAAGCAGCAACUGAUAAAUGAAACCAGUCAGAUCAGAGCAGACAAUAAACUGGACAUCAACCUAGAAAGGAGCAGAGUAACGGACAUGUUUACAGAGCAAGAAAAGAAACUUAUCGAAGCAACCACAGAAUUUACCAGAAAUGAUACCAAAACCCGAAGUAUUAUUUCAGAGACCUGUAAUAAAAUUGACACUGAAAUUGCUUCUUUAAAAACACUGAUGGAGUCUAACAAGCUUGAGACCAUCCGUUACCUUGCAGAUUCAAGUACACCGUGCCAUGCUUCAAGGACAUUAGGAUGGCAGAAGUCUGGCAACAGGGGCCAUGUUUGCAGCAGAAUGGACAUCUCCCACAAGUGCCAUGUCUUACAAAUAGAAGGCUCAGUAUGACUUGUUUGACAAUGCUGUCCAUGUAAUUUGCAUAUAACAUAAGCUUAAGUGGCUUAACAAAUCCUAUGAAGAAUGCCCUGUCAAAAAAGGUUUUUAAAGCACUUGCCUGAAUAGAAUCACAGAUCAUUAUGAAAUUUAAAUAUAAAAGGUAAAGAAACUUACAGUCUUAUCAAAAGCAGACCAAAGGAGUAAGAAAACUUCAUCCUUUUUUACAUAGGAAUUUUUUUUUUAAUAAUUUUUAUCUCAGACUCCUCCUUAAAGAUGGGUUUUCACAAACCUUCUACAUUCUGAUUUUGUCCUAUUUUUCCUUUUUAAACAACCAGCCUCACUUUAGGACAAAAUUACUCUCUUUUCCCUCAACAAAAAAUACGUGUGUUUUUCAUACCCCCCCCCUUUUUUUUAAACUGAAAACCCAUCCUACUUUUCCUGGCAUAUGGAGAUAUUUCCAUAUUUUUAGUAGCUUAAUUAGAAUUCUUAACUCACAGAGGGCUUCCUGGGUGGCUCAGUCAUUUAAGUGUUUAACACUUGCUUUGGGGUCAGGUCAUGAUCUCAGGGUUCUAAGAUCAAGCCCUGCACGGUGUUCCCCACUGGGCCAUGGUGUCUGCUUAAGAUUCUCCCUCUGUCAUGCUCUCUAAAUAAAUACUCCUUUUUAAAAAAUUUCUUUAAUAGAAAACUUAAAAAUAGAGAAUUCUUAACCCUGAGAACCCUUAAUUUCUAGUGAAAACUUUGUAAGCAAUUGUGAACAUCUGUUAUACCAGCAUUCUUUAAAUUUGCAAAUUCAUAAAUACAUUUAAAAAUUCUGGAAUCCUAGACCUUUUAAAAUUUUUCUAGUACAGCUUUCAUACAUCCAAAUGUCUUUUAGUUUCCCUGUAGUAUAAAAUCAUGAGUAGAUAAGCCUAUGUUCAGUAAAUUAAUGUUCUAGUGUUUUGUCUUAUUUGGAAAUAAUCUAGAUAUUUAAUGGAUUUAAUUUUAAGUCAUCAUUAAACUUAGCAAAACUUUAAGGUUUCAAGUUGCCAAAAAGAUUUGGAGAAACUUUUUUAAAAGCUUCCUUAAAACUUUGUUUACUCUAAAACUUUGUUUACUCUUCUUGUUCUUUAAAAUUAUAUUUAAAUCACUGGGGUACCUGAGUGA